CGUUUCCUUAAAGUUAACUGAUCCCUUAUUGAGGUUAACCUGCUUCAUCAUGAAAAACUUGGCCGUCCUAAUCCUAGCUGUCGGUGCAGUUAUUGCUGCCCCCUUCGAUGAAGACCUGGACGAGAGUGCGGUGCCUCGUCGCCCCAAUUUUGAUAACGUGAAAUACUACGACUGCUCUGCGAAAGAAAACGGCAACUAUCUCCAUCCAAAUGACUGCACGAGAUUUAUUACAUGUAGUAAUGGCCGCGCUUCGGAUAUGGCAUGCCCAGAUUGCGAUGUGAACAAUAUAAAAGGUUGCCAAGGAAAUCCAUAUCUAGUUUACGAUGUGAAAAACGACACUUGUGAUUGGCCCAACGUGACCCCGUGUCACAAUUCCAGUUCAACGACGGCAGUCCCAAUUCCUGAUCCCAGCCCUCCCCCAACGGAAGCUCCCACCCAUCCCCCAACGGAAACUCCCACCCAUCCUCCGACGGAAGCCUCCACCGAUCCCCCAGCGCCUGGUGAUUGCAAAUACGCCGAAGGCGAUCCCUGUAACCCGAACGACUGUGACCAAUGCGACUACUGUGUCAACAAGAAGUCUUUUUACUACCGCUGUGCCCGAGUUGAGCCUGAAAACCCGCUCAAGCCGGCGACUGGAACUUGGGUCUUGGAACAGUGUGCCGAGGGUGAUUUUGUCGACGAUGCCAACCCUUUAGCAGCUAAACUAACCGGAGGACAAUGCACGCCAUGGGAUUUCCUUCACGAAGCGACAAAGGAAAAGUACAAAAACGACAAAAAUUGCAUUCCUGACAGGGAAAAGUGUGAAUAUGGACAGAACGCUGAUCAAAUCUGCGGCCCGAAUUAUUGGUUUAAGGAGACCACAAAGUCACCAAAGGAUGAAAGGUCGUGCCCCACUGGAAAUAUUUGGGAUCAGCAAAGACAAAAUUGUAAACCAUGCAAACAAGUGGAUUCCUGCAAGGAUCAUGCCACCUGUAUUUAAUAAUUAAUUUAAUUCGAGAACAGGCUGUUUUACUAUUAUGUUUGCUAUUAUUCAUCUAUCAGGCAGUGUGACAAAGGACUAUUUUCUCUAAGAGGAUACAUACAUAAAAUUUUAUUCGAUAACAUGAUCAUUUUAACAAUUCUUCAAACUAAGGCUUCGAUUAUUAACUCUUGCAAUUCUUUAUUCCAGUGUCAGCUCGUUACAUACUGGUUUACAAACUAGAUAUUAAACAUGUACAAUUAUGUCCAUAAAUAAUUACAAAAAGUACUUUUGUAAAUUUUUUAAUGGGCAUUGGUAUAAUGAAUGUAUAAUUAGUUUUCAAAAUUCCCAGAAACAUAUAGGUACAUAAUUCAGAGUAAUGUCUUUACAUAAAUACCUCACACAUUGAAUUUUUAGUUUUAUUUAUAGCUGAAAAAUAGUAGAAACUUGAUUAUAAAGAUAACAAAGCAGGCUUAAAUAAUAAUUUCGAAAUAAAGUAAUUUUUACAACGAAAAAUAUAUGAAUUAAGUCUUAGAUACAAAUCGCAAAUAAUUUGCACGCUUAGGAGCUUCGCAAGAGACAUUUUGUUUGAUCACAUUUUAAGAUAAAACGUGUUUAAAAAAUUAAGGAGAGGUGUUACCAAAAUUUGACAAAGUUCAUGUUUACAUGGGUAGUUCGGGAGGUCUUCCAUCUAAGCAAGAAAAGUACUUGAUUAUCUGCAGUAACUAAGGACACAAAUUGCGUACUUUUUAACCAUUGUUUCUCUUGAUUACGUGUAUGCGGUAUGUGGUUAAGAUGCCCUUAUGUAUGUACGUGGAACACGAUUACGUGGAAAUAAAUACUUAUUUAUGUAGAGAGCAGGGCCGUAGGAGCACUGGUUUUAGGUGGAGAGCACUCUCCAGGCCGGACGGCC